CAACCAUUCUGAAUUCUGACCAUGGAUCACUUUCUUCCUAGGAAGAUCUUUUCCCACGUCAUUCUUGCACCAUCUUUGCUAUUUGACAUGGCAAUGCCACUAACCUCCAAGUUUCACUAACACCAUUUCUAGAUCAAAGCAGUCUCAGCUCACACGACUACAGAAACCAUGUCUUUCCCUUGUACUUUUGUACUUUCAAAAUACUCUGUGUGUUUUGGAUGAGCAUUCCACAUAAACAAAAUAUUUCGCAGACUUUGUACAUUCCCGUAUAUUUCAAUCCCUUCUCGACUGCCGAUUGCGGCCGUUUCCAAAUCAGCAUUCCGAUCUGAUGUCGUGGGCAUGGUCAUGGUUAUGAAUGGUUUGAUACCGGCCCCAAAAGGUCGCGUUAGAACGAAAGUUGGUCAUAAAUAUCUCGAAGCUUUACAAUCAAAAGUAGAUGGAGGUUAUCAAAGUUCAAGCUCCUCAUCUUCAGAUGAUGGCGCCCAAAAUUCCCCCGGUCUGAACCUAUUGAUACUGGGAAUCACUUCCGGCACUGCGAUGGAUGAUAUUGACUUCGCACUCUGUCGUUAUACUCAGGAGUCACCGGAGUCACCAUUACAUUUGGAUCUUAUACAGGUAUACAACAAUAAGACUGCCUUUGCAGAAGACAAACUGAUUUCUCCCAGUAUGAUUCAGUGGUUAUGCCUUCGAAGAUUCGAUCCGAGAUCCUGUCGAUGUUACAAGAAGACGCCGCUCCACCAAGUAUGCUAUCGCAAAUGGACGCAGAGAUGGGUCAUACUUUCGCGAACGCUAUACACAUAUUUGCACAAAGGCAUGGCAUUUCAGUUGAUGAUAUCGACUUGAUUGGAUCCGGAGGGCAGCUCGUAACCUUAACCGGUGCUCCGCCUCGAGGGCAACAUCGAUCGAACAUGUGUUUAGGAGAAGGAGCUGUGAUAUCUGCAAAAACAGGUGUAACAACCGUUUCUGACUAUCGGACGGCAGAACAAGCAGUGGGCAGACAAGGUGCUCCUUUAUUUGCAUAUUUGGUAGGUUUAUUACUGCAUCAUCCUACGAGAUUACAAAUUUGCAUAACAAUUGGAGGCAUUACAACUAUAUGUUUCAUCCCAUCCGACAAAAAGGGUGGGAUAGAUGCAAUGUACGAUUGGGACACAGGUCCAGGCACUUGUAUGAUUGAUGCAGCCUAUCGUCACUUUGGCCUCGAUCCACAAACGGACCAGCCCUCUUUCCUACACGGUGAAAUCUGCCAUGAAAUAGUCGAACAACUCAUUACCAACGAUGAAUAUCUAAGCACACGACCGCCAAAAACCACGGCCAGGGAAAUUUAUGGUGACGCUAUGGCGUAUAAGAUUAUUGGCAUGUGUGCACAUCGAGGUUGUUCACCUGCAGAUACAAUAUCUACCAUCACGCGUUUUACUUCCGCCAGCAUAGCUCAACAGAUUCUCCUCUAUGGCCCCGGUCGUGACGCUGUUAACGCAGCUGAUAUAACAGUCGACGGCCGCGGCAUGUCACACACAUCCUUGAUAUCAGAUCUCCAAGCUGAAUUCCCAAAAGCCCGUUUUGGCAGCUUCGAUAAAACUGGCAUUCCUUCAAAUGCGAAGAAAGCAGUAGGAUUCGCAAUGCAAGCAAUGGAAGCAUUAUUGGGACGAGCAUUGCCGGUCCCGACUAAUGCGGAUGUAAGGAGACCGAAUACCAUUACGGGAAAACUAGCUCCAGGACUUAGGUGGAGGGAGGUCAUGGAGAAGAGUGUUAGAUUUGGCGGAAACGGGAGAGGGUGGGAGGGGCUUCCUGAGGUUAGAGAGUUGGUUGUUAAGCAGAGGGAGUGAGAUAGAGAUAAUGUUUCUGGUAACGGGAAGGAGAGGGUAUUUUAGGUCUCUUUAGAUUGCACUGGAGUUUUCUUUUACUUCCUUCUUGGGCGGAUAUUUACUAGAGAGUGGUUUAAGUCAUGAUUCGAUAUCCACAAGUAGUUUUUCAUAGGAGAGGACAUAUGAAUCUU